UCUUAUUUCAUGCAAGAAAGUCAAAUGGGGUUGGAACUAGGGUUUUUAUUGCUCCAUUCAACAGAAAAAUCUCUAGUCACCCCACCCAGUUGAUCAAUCAUGUUCAUCCUCAAGUUGGCCUACACUGGUCUCUGUCUGUUGGAAAAGAAAGUUGAAGGUGUGAUUUGAGGAACCUUUACAAUGAUGCUGGUAGAUGUAGACGAAGCAUGAGUUGUCAUAGAUUACCAGUUUGGACGGGUAAGAUUUAAUCAGAGAAGGUUUGAUCUAACGGCCAAAAGUUCCUACUCCAACUGCUGCAUUCAUGUCGCCAUUAAUGACAUACCAGUUGUAGUAUCAGAAGCUCUUAAAUUCGGUGGAGAGCUUGGUUCCUUGUGGAAAUUAAAGCUACUAGUACAUGUUUAUACAUUCAGAAGUUCUACUGUUGCUGUAUAAUAUAUUCUUCAAAAGUAUAAUUACACAUACAUAUAUACACAUACAUCCGCACUAAUACGCAUAUAAAUCUCUAUCUAGCUAUAGUACAAACUGUAUGUGUAUAUAUUAAGAGUUGUUUACACACAAACCAAGGCCAACCAGUGAAAGCCAGGUAGAGGGUAUUGAAGCAGAGAAGGAGAUUGUUUCUGUGUGCUUUAUCUGCUGCUUAUCAAUGGCUUUUGGUAGGACAGUGAAGCUGCUUCUGUUUAUGGUUCUAUGUCUCCUCACCAUUCUCUCUUCCUCUCAAGGUGAGAAGGAAGUGUACGAAUACAAAUACCCAUUUAUAAAAAGGGCGAGCUCAUUUUCACCAUCAUCAUCAUCAUCAUCGUUCUCGUCAAAAGGUGGAGAUAAUGCAUAUGAUUACAUAAUAGUGGGAGGUGGAACAGCUGGGUGUCCUCUGGCAGCUACUCUCUCGCAAAAUUUCAGUGUGUUAUUGUUGGAGAGAGGAGGUGUUCCAUUCACAAAUGCAAACGUCUCCUUCCUCAAAAACUUCCACAUUGGCUUGGCGGACACUUCACCAACUUCUGCAUCACAAGCCUUUGUCUCUACAGAUGGUGUCAUAAAUGCAAGGGCUAGGGUUUUGGGCGGUGGGUCGAGCAUCAAUGCUGGCUUCUACUCCAGAUCAGGUCAUCGGUUUAUCAAGAGCGUAGGAUGGGACAGAAAGCUAGUAAAUGAGUCAUACCCAUGGGUUGAAAGUCAGAUUGUUUACCAGCCUAAGCUUGCUCUUUGGCAGAAAGCAGUGAGAGAUGGCCUUUUGGAUGUUGGUGUCAGACCUUUCAAUGGAUUCACAUAUGAUCAUAAAUAUGGAACCAAGAUUGGUGGAACCAUCUUUGAUAGGUUUGGUCGGCGUCAUAGUGCUGCUGAGCUACUCAGUUAUGCUAAUCCUCAGAGGCUCACUGUCUUGAUCUAUGCAUCAGUUCAACGAAUUAUCUUUGACACAUCGGGGAAGAGGCCAAGGGCUGUGGGAGCCAUAUUCAAAGAUGAAAAUGGCAAACAGCAUCAAGCAUUGCUAAGGAAUACGCCGGGCAGUGAAGUGAUUUUGUCCUGCGGAGCAAUUGGUACACCUCAGUUGCUGAUGCUAAGCGGCAUUGGACCCAAAAAAGAGCUUGAAAAGUUCAACAUUUCAAUGGUACUUGACAAUGAAUAUGUCGGAAAAGGUAUGGCUGAUAACCCAAUGAACUCGGUUUUCAUCCCCUCUAAACGGCCACUGGAGCAAUCCCUUAUACAAACUGUGGGUAUCACCAAUAAGGGUGUGUACAUUGAAGCAAGCAGCGGAUUUGGGCAGUCCUCUGAAAGCAUUCACUGUCACCAUGGCAUCAUGUCAGCAGAGCUUGGGCAGCUCUCUACCAUUCCUCCCAAACAAAGAACACCUGAGGCAAUUCAAGCUUACAUCAAAGGGAAGAAAGACCUACCACAUGAAGCAUUCAGGGGAGGUUUCAUUCUGGAAAAGGUUGCCAACCCGUUGUCCACAGGUCAUCUCAAGUUGAUCACAACGAAUGUCGAAGAUAACCCUUCGGUCGCCUUCAAUUACUUCAGCCACCCACUUGAUCUUCAACGAUGUGUUGAUGGGAUUCGCCUUGCUGCAAAGAUUGUUCAGUCAGAGCACUUCACAAACUACACACAAUGUGAUAAGCAAACGGUUGAAAGGCUGCUUAACUUGAGUGUCAAGGCAAAUGUUAACUUCAUACCUAGGCAUACCAACGACACCAGAUCCAUAGAGCAGUUCUGCAAAGACACUGUCAUCACAAUUUGGCAUUAUCAUGGCGGGUGUCAUGUAGGCCUAGUUGUCAACCAUGACCUUAAGGUCCUCGGUGUCCCCAGGCUCCGCAUUGUUGAUCCCUCAACGUUUAAGCAGUCACCAGGGACUAAUCCUCAAGCCACUAUAAUGAUGAUGGGCAGGUACAUGGGAGUGAAGAUUUUGAGAGAGAGACUAGGAAAAGCAGCUGGUGUGUGAUUUUAAGGACUACUGGCAGUAUUAGUUUGUAGCAGUAGAAAUGUAAUAUAGUUAGGUUAAUUUUUAGGGAGCACUUUAUAAAAGUAUGUAGAAAUUGGCUUGCCAAGAGAACUCAGUGUCUCCACCGGUUUGUAUUUGUGAUAUAUAUAUAUAUAUUUGUUGUUAUAAACAACUAGUGUCCUUGUUCUUGCUAGGAGAACUCGAAAAAGAAAAUAUUGAUGUAUUAAUUUUACCAUGUUCUAUGUCCUCUGUGAACAUGCAAAGAGAAGGGAGGAGACAUGAGAAGGUUUGACGUCUACUGAGAUGUAUUUUUUGGGGAA